AUGGCGUUCCUUGACCACCUGUCUAAAACCCAGAAGAUAUUACUGGCAAUCUUUUGCUUCCCUCUGCUACCGUUUUACUUCUGCUAUGUGUGCUGCUGUGCCAGUAACACAGAUUCUAAGGAGGGAGAAGAACAGAGUCCCAAACAGAUUACAAUUGAGAUUCACCCGAGGAACAAAACACCAAGUUUGUCAAAAAAGUUUUCAUUUGGUAAAGGGAAAGUCAGCCAUAAAAAUGAAGCUGUGUAUGACAAUAAAGGUUUUGUUAAUGAGCAAAACAAUACACAGAUUUACAAGGCAAACUUACACGCAUAUCCUUGGGAUGAAUCCAACCUCAAGUCAAUGCUGAUUGACUUAAACAAAUUUAAACAGCUCGAUGCCUACGCCAGUAAGGUCACAGCCAGAAGCAAUGUCAAUGCUCUGGUUCAGGACUUGCUCAAGGGCACCAAUAGUGACAUGGAGAAGCUGAGAUCCAUCUGGAUGUGGGUCACACACCACAUUGCAUACGAUGUGCAGGGGUUUCACAACCCAUCACAAAGAUCCAGCUCCUAUGACGAUGUCUUAAGAACAGGGAAGGCCGUGUGCGCAGGAUACUCCUCGCUGUUUCAGCAGAUGUGCAGUCUUGCAGGAAUUGAGUGCGAGGUGGUGUCUGGUCACUCCAAGGGCUUUCAGUACAAACCAGGCAUGAGGUUCACUGGGGAUGGAAAUCAUGCGUGGAACGCCGUCCGCCUGGAUGGCAAGUGGCACGUCCUGGACAGCACCUGGGGAGCCGGGAGUGUCGAUGGCAGCGGAUAUCGGUUCACAUUUCGAUACAAUGAGUUCUACUUCUUGACUCAUCCUGCACUCUUCGUGGGAGAUCAUUUUCCUUUGGAGGGCCAAUGGCAGUUGCUCAAACCUCAGCUUUCCUUGAAGCAGUUUGAGGAUGCGAUGCACCGGAGAAGCGCCUUUUUUAACUCCGGCCUUGUCUCUGUGAAGCCAGAAGCUUCUCUCAUCAAUUCAGAUGGAAAGACGACUGUCACAAUAAAGAGUUCGUCACCAAAGCUUUUCAUGGCUGAUCUGAAUGAGAGCGGAAAUCACAGCAUCUUAACCCUGAGACCAGACGGCAUGAAACUGGAUGUCUACCCUCCAGAAGUUGGAACACACACACUGAAAAUCUACUGCAAGGACCCAGAGUCUGUCAAAAAAGAGUACGACCAUGUGUGUGAGUAUGAGAUCCGGUGCAAGGCUGUCAAUAAGGAGAUGAGGUUUCUGGGUGACUUGAACAAUCCAGUGGGGCCCAGCUGGCUGUUGGAGCAACAGGGACUCCACGAGCCCUCACAGUGCGAGCCCAUGGUGCGAACCACCGAUGGCCGCUGCUCCUUCAGUUUCCGCGUAGAGAGCCACUUGGACCUCAUGGCCAUGCUGAACACGGGAGAAUUCUCCAUGACGGAUGACCAACAACGGAGACAUGUGUUUCAGUCCAGAAAGGGAGAGCGCGUAGAGUUCCGGGUGCAGGUCCCAAGGGCAGGCCUGUACCAGCUCUGUAUAUUUGGCAAAAAUAAGUCGUCAGCUGGGAAAUACAGCUACUUCUGCAGCUAUAUAAUCUCCUGUACCAACCUCAAGGUGAAGUGGCCUGUAUACCCACUGAAAUACACAUCCUGGAAGGAGGACUACGAGUUGGUGGAGCCUCUUGCUGGCGUUCUCCCCGCUGACCGAGAAAUCCAGUUUAAGAUGAAGGUCCCUGGCGUAUCACGGGUGUCGGUGAAAGCUAGAGACACACAUGACCUGAUCCUGGGGACGGAUGGGUUUUGGAGCGGAUCCUGUAGAACCACGGGAUGUGUGGACGUGAACGUGAUGAUCCAGGAGAAGCCUGCUGACCGCUCUUUAUCGUUUAUACUCAACUAUGAGGUGGAGAACUAAUAGCACCAGUGCCCUUCGCUAUGAGGUGACGUUGAGUUAGAAAUAUUGAAUUGGA